AGCAAGGAAGCCCAGCCACCGACGCACCUCCCUUUGAGAAAUCGGUAGAAAAAGCUUGGUUUUUGGCUUUCUUUUCCUGUUCAAGAACCAAAUUUAGAGCUUAGAAAUCUCCCCCCUGCAGAAAUUUCCAGAUCUACUCUGCUCUGCUCUUCUUCCCCUGUCCGUCGGUUUCUGCUGGGUGCAAAUUUCUGGGCAUUUUUCAGUAAGCUACAGUCAUGGAUCUCCUCCUUUUAGCCUUAAUUUAACUUGGGUUACUCUAAGUUCCUUUUGUUCCUUCAAUUUUGGGUUAAUUUCGUGAGUCCCCUGCAGAAUUGCCGCCGACUUCUUUCCCCCACCAGGUCCGGUUCUGCAACUGGAAAAAUUCUAGUAUGUAACAGCUACAAUAAGUUCAAAUUUUUAGUCCAUUUAGCUGUUGUUUUGUUGAAUUUAUCCAUGUAGUGGCUGCCCUUGCACUAUCCGAAACUAUGUUGAAAAAUGAGGAUGAAUUUCGGUAGUAAUUAGAGCAUAAUUAAGCUUAAUUCAUGUAUAAAUUGCUUGAGUUGGCUGCUGUGAUUUUGGAGGAAAAUCCCGAGUGUUUUAGCCCCUGUUUUUGCCAAAGCCGUGCUCUUCCCUUUUGCUGUGAGAUUGGAAAACCAUUUAUAUAUGUAUUUGUGUAUAUAAAUAUAUAUAUACACAAUCCGGUCAAUAAAAUUUCUUUAUAAAUAUUAAUUUUGAUAUAUUUUGAUUAGGUUCUUGAUAAUUGCCCUAGCACUUGGGUCUAGUCGUCUGUUUUACAUGAUUUGAGGCAAGUAAAUUAUGGUAAUGCCCUUCGAUUUUAAAGCACAUUUUAGCUUGUUCUGAAGUAGUGGCGGGACUAAACCCGUUUUACACAAGUAUGAUUGAUUGGAAAUGAAAUUAUUAUUCUUUUUAUUGAUUUGAGCAUGCCUACUUGGAGUUUGCUUAACUGCCCUAAUGAUUUGAGAAUUUUUUUGUAAAUUAUGAUUUUCCUGUUAAAUCCAUGCCCACAUGGAAUUUUUUCGGUUUAUUCUUGGAAUUUGAGAUUGAUCGUGAAUCAUGGAUUUUUCUGUAAAUCUUGCCUAGUUUUGUCUCUGAUAUGGUUAUGUUAUUCAUGUGCCCGCUAGUGGGAGGUUUAUAAACACUAGCACAUGUCGACAUGUUACUGAUAGAACCGAUUCGUUUAUGUUACUGUUAUUCUGCUAGUGGGAUUAUACACUAGUAAAUCGUGUGGUCCUAGUGGGAGGUCUAUAACACUAGCCAUGACCUAUAGAGGAGACGUCUAUUUUGUUUCCGUACUUGUAUCUCUUUUUCGUGAUUAUACUGGUUGGCAUGUUAUAAGUUUAAUUAAGGGCUAUCCAUAUUUACUUACUGAGUUUUUUCGUAGUUUUUCCUUGUCCAUUAUUUCAAGAAGUGAAGUCAAGGACGAGGAAAAAUGAGGGGAGUGACGAGUUAGAAGGCUAGCCAUCUUGUAAAUUGAACAUAAAUUUUAGAUAUAAAUCAUGAUCUUGUAA